UCCAGACUGCCUAUGUCUCGUCCCACUCACACUCUCUGUCAGAGCGCGGCGUUGACAACCACUGGCCACUGAUCAGCCCACUUUGCACGGGUCGCGUCUCCAUGCUAGACUGCUGAAAAAGGAGCUCUGUCCCUCACAUUUUCUUUUACUUGCAAGUCAAACAUCUGACUGAAAGCAGCAAGCCCGUCCACGGCAACAAAAGCACAAGAAGUCAAAAAAGCCUCCAAGUGAUUUUCUAGGCUCAUCACUGUCUGCACAAUGUCUGGAGAAGACGCACCUGCUCAGCAGCAAAACGCCGUGGACCAAAAGCAGGAAACCAAACCUACCGAGGAGCCCAAAACCGAGCCACCCAAGACGGAGUCCCCACCCGCCGCCGCCGCAGAGGCAGCGGCCACCCCGGUGGCGACCACCGAGAAGGUCCCUGAAGAGGAGACCUUCACCUACCGCGCUCUGGUGCUCACCGGCUACGGGGGGUAUGAUAAAGUCAAGCUGCAGGUGAAGAAAGGCAAGCCGACACUCAAGGCUGGUGAGGUCCUGGUUCGGGUCAAGGCAUGCGGACUGAACUUCGCCGACUUGAUGGCCAGACAGGGGCUGUACGACCGGCUGCCGUCCCCGCCGGUUACCCCGGGAAUGGAGUGCUCCGGGGUGGUGGAGGCUGUAGGGGAGGAAGUAACAGACAGGAAAGUUGGUGAUAAGGUUAUGGUCCUGAACCGCUUUGGGCUGUGGCAGGAGGUAGCAGUGGUGCCAGCAAACCACACCUUCCUAAUCCCAGAGGGGAUGAGUUUUGAGGAGGCAGCAGCCCUGCCUGUCAACUACAUCACCGCCUACAUGAUGCUGUUUGACUUUGGCAACCUGCGACCCAACCAGAGCGUCCUCGUCCAUGCGGCUGCAGGUGGUGUGGGGAUUGCAGCUACUCAGCUGUGCAAGACAGUGAAGGAUGUGACUGUGUUUGGCACUGCUUCAGCCAGUAAACAUGAGACCAUCACCCAGGGUGGAGUCACGCAUGCCAUUGACUAUCGCACCAAGGACUAUGUGGAGGAAGUCCGCAAGAUCAGUCCAAAAGGGAUGGACAUAAUACUGGACCCUCUUGGAGGAUCAGAUACCCAUAAGGCCUACAACCUGCUGAAGCCUAUGGGCAAACUUAUUACCUAUGGAGCGGCUAACAUGCUGGCAGGACAAAAGAAGAACCUGCUUGCUGUGGCAAAGAACUGGUACCACCAGUUCUCCAUCCACACACUCAGCUUGAUUCAGGGAAACAAGUCGGUGUGUGGCUUCCACCUUGGCUACCUAGAUGGGGAGACAGAGCUCAUCACCGAGGCAAUGAAUACCAUUCUGGAUUUCUACAAGGACGGCAAAAUCAAACCCCGCAUUGACUCUACUUGGCAUCUUGAGCAGGUGAGUGAUGCCAUGAGAAAGAUGCAGGAAAGGAACAACAUUGGCAAAGUGAUCCUCACUACAGAGCCGAUGCCCGAAGAAGAGAAGAAGGAGGAGACCAAGAAGGAGGAUAAGAAAGAGGAUAAAAAGAAAGAGGAUAAGAAGAAGGACGACAAGAAGAAGGACGAUGCCAAGAAGGAGGAGAAGAAGGAUGACAAGAAGAAGGAGGAGCCCAAGAAGGAGGAGAAGAAGGAAGAGGAGAAGAAGGAAGAACCCAAGAAGGAGGAGAAGUGAGAGGGUUGAAUGGAUGGAUAGUCAAGCAGACCAGCAGGGAGUUUGUGUCUUGGGAUCUCGGGUGUGGUGUGGGAUUGUGGGGAUGGAUUUGGCAAUUUA